CCUGGCUCCGCCACUGGUUGCUACAACAUCAACUAAUACUACAACAACAGCAACUACUACUACAUCAACAAUUAGUACAACAACAGUUACUAUUACAAUAUCAGAAGCUCCUACAACAUCAACAACAACAAGUACUACUAACGUUACAACAGAAGCUGUUACAUCAGUGGAGACUGAUACAACAAGUAACGCUCAUCCUACGGAUUCGCUGACCCUUUUCUGAAAGAAUGCUACUUCAUUGUGAAUUAAAAAUAAUUUUAUUCUGAAAAAGUCACUUCUGAAUUAUAAUUGAUCUCAAUUAUCAAUGGUUGAGCUUAUCACUUGCUUUGAAAUGAUUGUAUAGACAUUGGACGAAUCACA